AUGCAAUUCUUCGCUGUUUUCACUUGCGUUUUCAUCAUUUUUCCAAUGGUCAAAUCGCAAGAAGAAAUCAUUCUAGUCGCAGAUGAAACGAUGUUGAAACCUGUGGAUACCCAGGAUGGAAGCUUCUCAAACCACAUUGUUGCUCUCCGGCCUGACUACACGUUCUGGAGAAUGAUAGACGUGCUUAAAACAAUGUUUGAUAGCCAAACGGCAGAGAAACGAAGACUGAUUAGAGAUGCAGACGAAAUAGAAGAACGCUCUCAGAAGCUUCGAUCGCUUCGCGGAAGACGUCCAUUUUUGAAUUUCGGGCGUUAUCGCGUUCAGUUCUAA